UGGUUUGGUCUGAAAGUCAGAAACCCCACCGCCGGAAUAAGAGGAGAAAUGUGUGCAUACACACAGAGAGACCCGAGCGAGUCGCAUAGAAGAUCCUCUGUCUACACGUGAACAGCUACCAGUUCGUCUCGAGCGGUUCGACUUGGCCGACAUACGGCCGUUUGUUCUCGCGAGUUUUCUUGUUUUUUGUUUUGUUGUUACUCUCUUAUCCGACCGAGCGUGACCGAGCAGUGUCGAGUUCAUUGAUUCAUCAUUUCUCACUGAUUGCCCGACUUGGCAGGAAAAUUUUUGUGGAAAAAGGAAACAAGAAUAAAAACCCCUAAAAAAAACAUAUCAGUCAAGUGGUGGGGACUUAAUCGACCGUAAUUAUCAGUUCAUUUCUUCCGUGUGUUCUUCAGUGGCUGUCGGCGUAACUUUGUUUCGGCUUCGUUCGUUUUAUUCGUGCGUGAUUUUGAGUUGCCGGCGAAUAUUUGUUCACUUCAGACGAGCGCGCUAUAAAUCGUGCCGGAUAAUUUAUUGCGGCCUCAGCAUCACAUCUCUUAAUUAUCGGAUGAGAAAGAUCGAUUCCCUUGUUGGAAAUUAAAAACACUGGCGGGUUCAAUCAUUUUGUCCGGAGCUGCUAGACGACUAAGCGUCAUGACAUCCGCAUCGACUCUCAGAAGCUGCUGUUGAUCUCAUCCGGCAUGGGUCAUUAAGUAAAAAGGACGGCCUUGCAGUCUCCCAAGCAUCCGAGAGCUACACGGAAGCGUCAAGCAAAUGGCGGCCGUCGUCGUCGUAAAGAUCAUCGCCAUUCUUCUGGCCUUGAUGGCCGCUUUCGUGGCCGCUAACCAACCCCCGCGUUUUGAGGUGACGGACGAGAGCGGAGGCGAAAUUGUACUCAAAUUGAAAGAAGGCGCCGAAGGGACGCCGGUCGGAAGCGUCAUUUACCGUAUCAAAGCCUCCGACGCCGACGGAGACGCCCUACAGUUCGGACUGCAGGGUCAGGUGGCUAACGAGCUGCUGCGCAUCCAGCCCGUUGGCGAUAACGAAGCCGACCUGCAAUUAAUCAAAGAACUCGACAGAGAAACGGAAGAAGAGUAUUCUCUGGUGCUGACAGUAACAGACGGCAAGAUUGGCGCCGGACAGGCCAUCAGACAAAGCCUCUUGAUUAUAGUUGAGGACGUCAACGACAACCGGCCCGUCUUCCAGCCCUUUGCCAACACGUUGAUGCUGAGAGAGAACGCCCCACCCGCUGUCAUCUUGACUGUGGAGGCCACCGACCGCGAUCAAGGUGUCUACGGACAGGUGGUCUACAGCUUGGAAGGCAUCGAGGGUGAAGAGGGGAUCGACGAUGAGGAAACAGCUGCUGGAGGGAUCCCGUUCGCCAUCACGACUGUCGGCGGCAAGGGCGUCCUGCGAUGUCUGGUGCCGCUGGAUUAUGAGCGACGAUCGUGGUACCAGCUCCGCAUCCUGGCCAAGGACCAGGCCAGUGACCAGGGCCGGAUCAACACCGCCACGGCUGGUCUGCUCGUCCGGCUUAUCGACGAAGACGAUCAGGGCCCCGAAUUCAUUACGGUGCCCUCCGUGACUCGGGUGGCCGAAGAUGCCCAGCCGGGCACGUCCGUCUUGCGCGUCAAGGCCAUUGAUGGCGAUCGAGGAGUUAAUCAGCGCAUCGUCUACUCGCUGGACCCCUCCAGUCAGUAUUUCGCUAUCGAUCCCAAGGAAGGUGUCGUUUAUCUGAUCCAGCAGCUGGAUCGCGAAGAUUCCAAUGUCGUCAACGGAGCCCUGAUGCUGGUCAUCACGGCCACCGAAGACUCGCCGCUUAGACCCAACGUGACUACCGAAGUAACCAUCCUGGUCCUAGAUGUCAAUGACCAAGCGCCGGCAUUCCGCAACGGUGGUGGCCCUUACAUGGCAGAGAUCGACGAGAAUUCGCCAGCCAACAUGCCCGUCACCUUUGUGGGCUCCGAGUCCCUACCGGAAGUCUACGACUACGAUCAGGGGAAGAACGGGACUUUCUACUUGUCUAUCCACUGCGCCGAUGACCUGUUUGACAUCAGUCCCGGCGUGGUGGUCAACGAAGCCGUUUUCAGCAUCCGGGUCAAGAGCCAUCUGGCACUGGACUAUGAGGAAUUGAGGAGCACCAAUUGCACCAUCACGGCCAAGGAAGCGGUAGCCAAGCAAGCCAAAACCACCACAGCGCCCGUCUUGAUCAGGAUCCGUGACGUCAAUGAUCACAUACCCCAAUUCAGCCGCCCGUCUUAUCAGGUCCAGGUACCGGAGAACGCUCCCGUCGGUACCGUCAUUGGCUCCGUUCAAGCCACAGAUGCAGAUUCCGGCCAACUGGGCACCGAAGGCAUCCGCUACAGUCUGCUGCCCGGCUCGAUUGCUGACGCUCUACAGAUAGAUCCGUUGAGCGGUGCGGUUUCCAUCGGCAAAGGCGCUUCCGGCCUCCUGGAUCGAGAGAAAGUCAGCCAACUGAUUGUGAUGGUCGAAGCCAGAGACUCUCUCGGCUUGGGAAAUCGGAAUACGGUGCAGUUUACUUUGGAACUAGUUGACGUCAACGACAACGCCCCCGUUUUCAUCCAGAGCCACUUUGAGAUCUACAUCAAUGAGAACGAACUGAAUUUCCCUUACGGAUUCAGAGUGGAGGCCUUCGACCGCGAUCUCAAUGAUUCAGACAAUAGCCGCGUUCGGUAUUCCAUAAUCGGCGGAGACCUUCAGUCUAAUUUCACAAUUCAUCGCACCACUGGGGAGUUGAGCGUUACACAUCCGCUGGACUUUGAAUUGCUGGCGCCUUCAAUACUGGAUGCGCAAGGGUUGGGCCACGUUCGGCCGAUCAAUUUGACAGUCCGGGCGUCGGACAUGGGCAUCCCGCCGUUGCACACGGACACUCGUGUAUUAAUUUUUGUGCACGACGUCAAUGACUAUGCGCCGAUAUUCGCUAGGCCGUCUUACUCGGUCGCCGUGGCGGAAGAUGCAGCCCCAGAUUCAUCGAUCCUGCAGGUUCAAGCUUUGGAUAUGGACGGAUCGGCCCCCAACAAUGUCAUCGCUUAUCGGAUCCAGAGUGGCGCCCGCGACAAGUUCGUCAUAGAUUCAACGACCGGAGUUGUGAGCGUUGCUCUCGGGGCCACUCUCGACCCGGACCAGACUCAUCCACGAACCGUUCGCUACCAGCUAGAAAUUCUGGCGCUGGAUGGGGGCGUCGGUAGCCGCCAAUUACACGCUUCCGUUACAGUGAUGAUCUCAGUCGCCGAUGUAAAUAACAAGUCUCCUGUCUUGGCUGAGCCGGGUGUUGUUCGCGUUCAAGAAAAUGUCCCAGUGGGCGUUGUUUUAACCCAACUCGUUGCGACUGACCCAGACGAAAGACCCAUUAUUCGUUAUUGGAUUGAUCAUGCAGCGAGUGAAGGGCGUAACGAGAAGGGAUUCCUAGUCCGAGACGAAAACGUUACAUCCUGGUUUGAAAUAAACACCAACGAUGGCCGCAUUCGUGUCGUCCGCCAGAUGGAUCGCGAAAAGGCUGAGACUGUCCGUUUGGCCAUUCGAGCCGAGGAUGUCGCUGCAGCCACAACCGGUCAAACUGCAUCAGGAACCAUGACAAUAAUUUUGGAAGAUGUAAACGAUCACGACCCGAUUUUUGUCCAACCGUUUUAUCGCCGUUCUGUUGCUGAGAACAGCAAACGUGGGGCAGCCAUCUUAACUCUAUCAGCUGACGAUGCUGACCUUAAUCGUUCCAUUACUUACUCCCUUGAUGGCCCGGCUGAGUUGUUGGAACUCGUUCAUUUGAAUUCCGAGACGGGGGAGGUGGUUGUGUCGGGAAAACUUGACCGUGAGCGCUUUGCCUGGAUGAAUCUCACAGCAAAAGCUUCCGACUCCGGAAUGCCUAAACGAUCAAGUUUCGUACCUGUUUUCAUCCAGGUUUUGGAUGAAAACGACAAUAAUCCAAUAUUUGCUAGCGUACCAAGUAACUUUUCAGUACGAGAAAACUCUCCGCCUGGCACUGUGAUUGGAACUGUACAGGCUUACGAUCUAGACAUUGGUGAUUUCGGUCACGUCACUUAUUUGAUGGAUCGUCGUUCGUCUAAAGGCCGAUUCUCCGUGGAUCCGGAAACGGGAGUAAUCAUGGUGACGGAACGACUCGACCGAGAAGAGCAACAGAGUUACACGCUGAUCUUGGAAGCGUGGGACAAUUAUCGCGUCGGCUAUUCUGCCGGUGAAAGCCGGAAUGCCUUCCAGCAAGUGACCGUGCAAGUAAUAGACGAAAAUGACGAAACGCCCGUUUUCGAGGCCCGUUCCGGUUGUGUGAGCGUUACCGAGUUCCACGAUUCCCGUGUUCCCUUAACCACCAUUCACGCUAGCGAUCGUGACGAUCCAACCACUCCAAACGGUCAUAUUGUCUUCUCUAUUCAAGAAGGCAAUGACGGAGGCAUGUUUAGUGUCACCAACAUCGACCGCAGCAGCGCCAAGUUAAUUGCUGCUCAACCGUUGGUCGGACACCACGGCAAUUACACGUUGAAGAUAAGAGCUCAAGAUAGAGGCCUUCCCGUGCCCAACUUUGCCUUCCAGGACGUGGAGAUCUGUGUUAGCGACUUCAACGAUCAUGCUCCAAUGUUUGUCAGGCCUGAACAAAACAAUACGACGUUUCGUGUCUUUGAGAAUGCCACAGUCGGCUCGGUCAUCACUUCUGUUUUGGCCGUUGAUCAGGAUGCCGGAUUGAACAGUCAAGUUCGCUAUUCAAUAAGACCCGUCGGCCACUGGAAAUGGUUUGAAAUAGACGGCGUUUCCGGUGAAAUAAAGUUGAUUCUGCCCUUAGAUCGGGAAAAGCAAAAACUUCUUCAAAUAAGAAUCGAGGCGAGAGAUUCCGGAAUUCCCACUUGGCUCUCAACCGACUUGGACCUCACCAUUUACGUUCGCAAUGUUAACGAUCAUCAGCCACAAUUUCCGUUGGAUGUCUUCCAAGUCAACAUAACUGAACACGAUCCAUCUCCUGAGAUCAUCCAAUUGCCGGAAACGGUCGAUUUAGAUGAGCCGGAUGAGCUGCUUAGUACUCGAGAUCCCGUUUGUUUCUUCAUCGUUGGAGGCAAUCAGCUUGGCGCUUUCAGCAUUGACCCAACUCAACACACUUUAAGGGUUGAGAAAACAUUGGAUCGUGAGGAGCAAGCCGCACAUGUUGUUGUUGUUAAAGCCAGUGAAAACUGCAACCUUAAUCCGGAACUUAUUGAUUCCUUCGACCCUGCCGAUGAUUCACUACUUAAAGUCAUUGUGUAUGUUAAGGACAUCAAUGACAAUCCUCCUACCUUCGACAAGAAGGUAUUUACAGGAGGUUUGACAACCGAAGCUGAUUUCGGCUCUGAAGUCGUACGAGUUACUGCGACUGACCCAGAUAUCGAACUUAACGCCCAACUAAGAUAUUACAUACGUAAACCUGUACAGUCGACGCUUUCGACUCGAACUGGUCAAGAAGAACAAAUUGGGGCCAAUCCUUUUGUCAUCGAUCGUGAUACUGGAAUCAUUUCGCUUAACUUUGAUCCCCAGAGAGACAUGAAGGGAUAUUUUGAUAUGGAGGUUUACGUCAAUGAUUCUAGUGGCUUUGACGACACUGCUCGAGUAUUAGUCUAUCUAUUACGUCAGGAUCAGCGCGUCAAAUUUGUGCUGAGGCAACAUCCUCAAUUUCUGAGAACACGCAUCGAUCAAUUCAGAGAAGCAUUGGGCAAUAUUACUGGAUCGAUUGUAAAUGUGGAUGAAUUGAAAGUGCACUCCAAUGAAGACGGGCAACUAGACAAAACCCGGACGGAUGCUUAUUUGCACUUUGUCAAUGCCAAGGAUAAUUCAGUUAUGGAAGUCGACUUUGUUUUGCGAUUAAUUGAUGCUAACAUCGAAUCGUUAGAUCAACUCUUUAAGGAUUACAAUGUACUUGAUACGUCUGCAGCUGAACCGCUUGGAGACGCACUGACAAGCGUCCCUCAAAAUUUUUCCUUACUUUGGGCUAGCGGUACCGCUGUUUUCCUUGCUAUGAUCCUAUUCCUGGUCCUGGGACUGUGUGUUUCUCAGCGAUUCGUGUUGAUGCGAAAAUUGAAAGCCGCAUCCGUGACGGCUUUUGGAUCACAAUCAAACGUCAAUCGAACUAGUAACCAAGUACCCAACACUAACCAGCACACUGUAGAAGGUUCCAAUCCCGUUUGGAGGCGUGAGCUAGAACCAGAAUGGUUCAAGCACGAUGAUAUCUACAGUAGAUCCGGUGAGAGUGAUGCUCUUGACUCAUUGGACGUUAAUGCAAUCUUGGGAAACGCACCUUCGACAUCAAGAAACUCAAGUGAUGCGAACACGGCCAGCCUUAAAUCUACCACCACCGAAGCUUUCAACAGGAGUAUCAUCCAACGGAAUGCAAACUCCAUCCGAUCUAAUAAAUCUGUAGGUAAUGUUACACUAAGCGAGAAGGAAUGCGAAGUCGGCGAGGUCAAGGAAGAAGACUGCGAAGUUACCGUCGGCAAAGGUUUAUAUCAGAGAAAUGUCUAUCAUUUUGGCUACCCCGUUUUUCAACAAGACAAGGGUAGCACAAGCAGUAGCACCACAUUCCUCUCACCUAGAAAACUCGAAACCACUGAGUUAUAGAUUAUGUAGUGACACCGACUCGUUUCCUUUCAGUAGAAAUGACAUAAUUUCGCUGCAAAUUAAAUUGGAAAUCUUGGAGUUCGUGAAGCUUUAUGUUCACGGUGUGAUAAUAGUCAAUUCGAUUUUAUAUAUUCGAUGAAACGAUAAAAAUGCAACGGAAAAUUGCAGCGACCAUCUAUGUGUUAAUACCCCAAAUAGAAAUCUACGCAAAGUGUGUCACUUUAUGUUGUACAAAAAUUUUGUAGAAUACACAUUUUAACGACGAAAAAAAA